AUGUCCCUGGAAACCGAGUGCAGAGAUUUCAGCGAUGCUGACACAAGCGUUUACUGGGACGUGGAGGAUUUCCCAGUGGACAGUUUGGAUGAGCUUCGUUCGAAAAUCGAAGCAGCUCGUGAGAAGAUUGGUUGUCGUGGUGGUGACGUGUCAAUCACGGCUUACGGUGAGGAGAAACCGGAUGAAGAGUUGGCUCGCUACAAGGAUGCCGGAUUCACCUUCGUACCCAUUGGGGAUUACGAGAGGAGAUUUAACAGAAUGAGGCUGGACCUUGGUCUUUGGAAGAUAGACCAUCAUCAUCGACUCAAGGGCAAACCAACAAAUUUGAUGGUCAUUACUAAAUUCAUCACCGAAGACACAGAUUUCCAGGAAUUUCUUGAAUGUUUGUAUUAUUCACAUUACUAUGUUGUCUUACUACUGCCUAGUAACUGCGAUGUCAACGAUACGCCAGUACCCAGGGUUAACAAAGUAUGGUAUUGGGAAACCCUCUUAGACGGAGGAGAUCCCCUCUCCCGCCACGAUUCAGCUGAUCUAAUAGCUCUAGGAGGACAAGUGUGUCCAUCCCUACAGUCGCUCUUCGGCCGCCAUGUUCGCUGUGGUGGUGAUCAUCCUUGUCCUACGUGUGAGGAAGAUAUCAAGUCUGCGUCUAAAGCCACCAUGAGCAACAACGAUUUCUCCGGUAAGUUUAUACUAGAGAAUCCUAUUGAAAUGUUAUAG